GGCUUUCAGGGGUGAAGAUGGUGCUUUAUAAGUCUGCUGGAGUAAUCCAUUUGAUAUCGACUUUGCGCUCAGAGAGGUUUUCGGCUUUCUAUUUCCUGGCAGCGACUGAUCGGUGAGUAGCUGUGACGAUGGUUUCAAAGGCUUACCUUCUCGGCUGGGCAGCAGCGGUUGCGAUUGCUUCUCCAGUUGCUGUUGAAACUCCCUUCAGCUGGAAGAAAACGGAACACGUACUCACCUUUGGUGACUCCUACACAUUCGUCCAAGGAACCGAAGGUCGCUGGACAUACAGCUUCAUCGGAUCCCAGCUGAACAUCUCCUUCACGCCCGAGCAACUCCUCGGCGACCGCAUCGUUCCGGGUCAGAACACAUCUUCUGCUGGCGGGCCGAAUUGGGUUCAGGAACUCACUGGCUGCAAAGAGGGCCGCCCCCGGGACUGCGAGAAGCAGCUAUGGGGAUUUGCAUACGCUGGAGCUGAUAUCUCGACUACCUUCGUCCCUCUGCACAGGAACCACACCAUCUCUUAUGAGAAACAGGUUGAACAAUGGGACACCUACGGCAAGUCGGUCAUCAACGCCGAUCCCGCAAAGUCGCUCGUUGCCUCCUACAUUGGAAUUAAUGAUAUCAACGACAUGGCCAGCUUCCAACUUCCCGUCAAUGGACUGAGCAGCUGGGAAGAGCUGUACACUGCAGUCAUCGCCGAGCAGUGUGCAGCUUUGGAGACAGUCUACAAAGCCGACCAUCGCAACUUUUUGUUCCUGAAUUUACCUCCGCUGGACAAGAACCCUGCAUCGCAGCUCAACCCGGCCCGUCUGCCAAACACAGACAUGAUCAAGACAUUCAACGGUGUAGUCAACCAGACAGCAAAGGCGUUCUCGGAAAAGCAUCCCGAUGCGACUGCGUUGGUCUUUGACACGUACAGCUGGCUCACACAGGUCUUUGAUAACGCGGCGUCCUAUGGAUUCACCAACACGACCUCGUUCUGCCCUAGCUACAAGGCUUGGGACAUCGAUACUAACUAUGCUGCGUACGGAUGUCAGCCGAUCUAUGAGUACUUUUGGUAUAACUCGGGGCACAUUACGUAUCAUGUUCAUGAGCUCCUGGCGCAAAAGGUCAAGGAGUUCCUGGUUCAGAAGAGCGCGAGUGGAUAUGGUGGAGGGGAAAAUCAGACACUGAGCACGUUGGGAACGAGAUGGAUUGGGGGGAAGUCAACUUAAGUCAAGCACAGGACUUCGAAUCGUUCCGUCGAUGAUGAUGAUGGAUCAACUUUGUCAAUUAUCGGCAUUCGUCGAGGUUUUCAGAGGCUUUGCUAACAUAAUAUUCGUUGGCGACUUUUGGAUCUGAAGCCUAUCUCCCCGAGAUUUGGGAAGAUCUAAUCAAACCUUGCCGGUCCCAGUUCAGAAAAGGCUACAUGACCGAAGAAAGAGUGUCUGAAGUUCCAUGACCUGCUUCGUGCAUAGUAGCCAUGAAUAUCAAGAACAACACUCAAGAAAGGUGCAGCUUGUUCUUCGAUUCGCAUCCUACAUGUAAUUUUCAUUAUGCAGAUCGUAGUAUUAUAUUGCAACAAAAGUAACACGUGUAAGCUGAGCCGUACUGAG